UAAACGGCAACACAACCCGAGCAACAAAUAAUCUAAGUGGCAGAGUGGUGCGCUUUUAUCGUACGAUACCGUUAUUGUUGAGUGUGGAUAGACUAUUUUUUUUAAGUUUGCUACAAAAAAAAAACAAAAAAGAAUAAAUUGGAGACAAAAGAGAAAGUGCAUUCAACCGAAAGUGUACAAGUUCAAAUUUCAUGUCAAAAACUAAAAAACGAAAACCAAAUAAAAGGACUUUCAACUGAAUAGUUUCAAAGCAAAAACGGAAAAAAAUUUCGCAACAACAAUUAAAUACAUAACGAACAAAUUUCGCGUUCUGAAAUUUGUCGACGACGAAAACCAAGCCAACAAAUAACUUACAAAUAAACGAAACAAAAGUGCUCGCAAAAAUGUCACAAAAGAAAGCGAUUUUCGGUGUUUUGUGUUUAAUCACAGUUGCUGCCGCUCUGCCCGCCGAGGAGACGCGCGGUCAUGCCCGCAACGCCGUCAGCGGCGACAACGACAUCAUGGAUAGCAUCUACAGCGAUUGCCUGCGCAAGGAUUCCGUGUCGUGCGUCAAGUACAAGCUCUUCAACUUCGUCGACAAAGUGCUCUCCGCCCGCGAACAAUUCUCGCUGACCGAAGGUGUAACGGUGGUGCGUUCACCCGAUGCGCCCGUCACCGAGGCCGCACGUUCCAUAUCCGGCGAUGAGUCAUUCGAAUCGCUGGCACUUAACCGCAUUUCUGGCUUCCUGAAUACGCACACCAUCAAAGUUGAAUUGAAGGGCGCCGAUAUUGUCCAAGCCGUCAGCUCAACUGGACGUGCGCUCGAAGAUGUUUCCGAAUCGUUGUUCGGCGGUAGCGACGACCCCAACGCGACCGAAGAGAGCCGUGGCAAGAAGAAGAAGGCUGCCAAAAUCUUGGGCCCCAUUCUUGCUUUAGUUGCCCUCAAGGCCGCCGCGUUGCUGCCACUCUUGUUGGGCGCGAUCGCUUUGAUUGCCGGUAAGGCUCUGCUCAUCGGUAAGAUCGCCUUGGUGCUGUCGGCUGUGAUCGGCCUGAAGAAGCUGUUGUCACAGGAGAAGCAUGUCACCUAUGAAGUGGUCGCACACCCACACCACAGCUCAUCGCAUUCCAUCAGCCAUGACUCGUACGGCAGCGGCUACAGCGCAGAUGCUGGCUCCUCUGGUUCAUACGGCAGCUCCGGUCACGGUGGCUGGGGACGCUCGCUCGAUGCACAAGACUUGGCGUAUGCUGCCCAAAAGCCGCAAGCAUAAGUGCGCAGAGGGAGAGUGUAGAUAACGACGACAUUUGGAAGGGGCACAAUAUUUUGAGCUACAACCCAACGACAAACACAACGAUUCGAAAUACGAUUUAGACAAGUGGACAGGCGAAGCGACCGGCAACUAAGCAACAUUUAAUGGGGCGUACGACAUGACGACGGUCGAACUUAGGCAUGUGUUUUCAUAUGCAAUUAUUUGAAGAGUGCGCAGCCACGGUCGAUGCGCAACUACUACGACACAACGGGCACAAGACCUAAGAACAGAAAAACAAAUUAAGAACACAAAUUUUAAUUAUAUUAAUUUAUUUUCUAACUAAUUUAUUUAAUUUAUUUUCUACUCUUAACUUUCUAAACAAAAAAGAAAACGAGACACAAAUCAAAGCAACGCGUAACCUUGACCUAUUGGAUCAAUGGAAAAAAUUACAAAAAAAAAACAAAUAAGUACAACGAAUACAAAAAAUAUGCAGAAGAAAAACGUAUAAAAACAAUAUUUAAAACCGAAAAACUUGUGUGUGUGCAUUUUUAUAUCAUAAUUAUUUACAUACACAUUGUUACGUAUUUAUUUGUAAAUUAAUUAAUUUUAUGAUUUAGUAACUUCUCUUUUAAGCUAACUCUAAAACCACAAGCUGUUUAAGAUUAUGUAAAAACUAGCAGAGAAAAUGAGAGACGAAGUCGGUACCUUAAUAAAUUUGUAUACAUUUCUUUUCCUUUUUUGCACGCCAGCUAUGCAGCAUUGUAUGCAAAAACAAACGGACGCCAGCCUAGUGCUUAAAAGGAAAUGCUUUAAUUGCAAUUAGAGUAUAUAUUUACAUUGCGGCUCGUUGUGUGCUGACCUCCAGCUGGCAAAGCGAUUAGCGAUAAGCGGUAGCAGAUCAACUAGCCCCAGCCACAUCUACUGCCACAGCGAAGACUGUGCGCACUUAACACACAUGUACUCGUAUAAUAGCGCUCUAAGUGCACUUAUAACUCAUCUAACUGUACUUAGCAACAACUUUUCUUUAUUUUCAUGCCUACAUUUCUUUGCUAUUUGCACUUGCAGCUGAUUUUCUUGCAAACUUUCAGUUCUUCAUCCUCGGAUACUUUUUUUGUAAGCUCUAACUCUUCAAUAUUCUAUUGCUUGCAACUUCAUUUUCAAGUCUUUCUUCUAAUCUUUCUAUUGAACUUUUGCUAUUUAUAUUCUCACUUUUUCAUGUUAAUAUCUUUCCCUUAUCACAUUUCAUUACUUUCUGCACAAAACUGACUUACUUACUACACUUUCUUUGCUCAUUACCGCAACGCACACAUGAAAGCAUACAUGUUCGAGCUUUAAAAGCUAAGACACUCACAAUAUAGCCACAUACAAAAAAUCAGUCCCCUUCGCUCAUAUUUUCAUCUACGCACUCGUACUAUCUUCAAAUACUCCUUAGACUAUUCUUAUUUACUCUUAAGUUUCGCUUUAAUAUUUAAUAAUCUAAUACUCAAACUUAGCUUUCUUCUGUACAAAUUUUAAUUGAAUGCUAUUCUAAGCUUUCCCUAAAUCUACUGUCUACUUACUUACUAUAUUACUGUAUUUUCAAUUAUAAUUCUAGUCUUACGCAUACAAAUACAAAGACAAACACAUUUAAAUGAUGUGAGAGUUUUAUUGAGAAAACAUAUAUAAAACGUCUAUAUAAUUUUCUCCUGAACUCGAUCUUGCAAUUUCUUUUAAAAAAUGCUCAAUUACUUUUAAGACUUCAAAUUUCAUGCACAAUUUGAAUUAUUGUUCUAAAUCUUUUUAUUUCUCUUUACCUAGCUCUCUCACUCAAACUUUUUCUUGCUUUCUGUCUUAAUUUUAACAAAUUUCGUGCGAAAUUUGCAUUAUUGUUCUAUAGCUCUCUCUUCCUUUUUAACUAGCUCUCUCUCUCACACUUAAUUUCUCUCAUACUCACUUCCUCCAUGUCUGUAUCUGCACUUAUCUCUUUCACUUUCCAUCAAAACUAAUUCUUGUUCCUGGAAUUCAUACAACUUCUAUUUUCCAUUUAUAAAAAUGAAUUCGCAACUAAUUUCGGUCAUCGCCAUAACUUGCCAUAGGUUUCGAAAUAAACUGCUCACUCUCUCACUUUUAUACUCAUUGACUUUCAUUCUACUCACUCAAGAACUUAAACUCUUAUUCUACGUUAUUUUCUGCUCAUUUAAACUAGUUUUCGCUCAACUCACUUUUAAACUGCGCUCGUCUAUUUCAAACUUUCACUCUUGUCCUGUUAUUCUUCACAUAUUUUCACUCUUUUCAUCUCUCAAUUUUAAACUUCGCUCUUCUAUCACAAACUAUCACUCUCUUUCUGUCAUUCUUCACAUAAUUUCACUUUUUUCAUCUAUAACAUUUAAAUUUCGCUCCUCUAUCACAAACUAUCACUCGCUUUCUGUCAUUCUUCACCUCGUGUACUUCAAACUCUUACUGUCUUUGUGUGACUCUUCACCUUUACUCGCUAUCUACUCUAGUCUACCUAUUUUUCCAAAUAUUACUGCAACUUUCUUUCGCUAUGAUUCUAUUUUCAUUUAUAUUUUCAUCCCUUUACUGUAACUCAAUACAUCUCAGUCAUUAUUGCCACUACUCUCAACUAUCAUCUUACUUGUCUGCAUACUUUCACUUCCACUGUGUAUACUACUGCUCUUGCCAAUAAACUCUACUCAAAUAUACACUCUCUCUCUCUCUCAUUAAUGCUCAUUUGUUUACUUUUUGAAUGAGUCAUAACUUCUUUUUUCAAUUUCUACUCAUUUACUCAACUCAAAGGGUACUCACAAUCACAAAUUAUAGCGUAAAUAUAAUGUUAGACAAUUAAGUAUUUAUUGACUUGAUUCUUAUACAUAUGUUUAAAUGUAUCUAAUUUAUUGACGUUAAAUUAUUUAACAUACUAUACAUUAUGAGAGAAGUGAAGUAGUCCUUUGCAAGUGAAAUGUAAAAAAAAAACUGUAAAUGUUAAAAUGCUAUAAACCAACAAAGAUUAUUUGAUUUAAAUAUCAAGCAAGAGCACACACUCAAAUUACACGCAUAUAAAAUGGUAUUUGUUAAGAAAAUCUAAAAAAAAAACACUUUAAGUUACUGAGAGGUAUAGAAAGCGACAAUGUUAAUUUAUAUGUAUUUAUUUAAAUCACGUUGUCAUGCAUGCAUUUCAUUCAAAUAUGAAU